AUGUCCGUAGCACGCGAGGCUAAAGAGGUCUCGCGCCUCGAGUGGCAGCAGCGCCAUACGCAGGCGCUGCGGGACACGGUCGAGUCUCUGCAAAUGGCGAAAGCAACUGCACAUACACUCAGCAUGCAGACAGAGCAUAUGGGACAUAGCGAGCGCAUGCUGGACGAGACGCAAGCAGCUGUGGACGUGUCCAAGCGUGUUCUCCGAGGCAUGACGUGGUCUGGUUGGCUGUAUAAUAAAAUGUCGUCUGUCCCGCCACUCUUGACCAAUCAGGUGUCCAAUGAGAUUGCAAUGGGAUUUAUUUGUCCCGAGUGCAAAGUAACGUUUGAGUCUGCAGAGCAUUUAAGACUGCACUAUAGCAGUGUUCACGAGAAAGUAAGCGAUAAAGAAGAAUUCACCAUUAGUGCUCGACAAAGGAAUGAGGAACGGGUCCAGAGAUGGAAUGAACAUGAUCAAGAGACUGUGCAUGCAGUUGAUAGUAUGCACGACCGAUUCCUUCGAGAUCUGGAACCGCAGAUAGUCGAGUUGAAGGAGCAUUCGCUGGCGCUUGGGAGUGCGCUGGAUGCACAGAACGAACAGUUGGAUCGACUGGACUCGAAGAUAGGACGAGUUCAUCAGGAUAUGAAAAAAGUGGGCAUUCAGGCCAACAAACUUGCAGGAAAGAAGAUUCCCGUGAUGUUUCGCUUUCGUUGUGCGUUACAAGAGGCGCAAAGUGGAAAGUUUUUGCGAGAUGUAGACGGAGAGUCGCUGCUCGGAGCUCAUGUUGUAAUGGACGGCUGUGCGUUUCGUGCUUACACAUUGGGUGACGACAGCAAUGUUUGGGGAUUUCAAAGUGAAAAGUCGAGCAAUUUCUUAGGCAUUAAUCGGUACGGGAAUCUAAAAGUGCGGGGAGCGGAUUUGGACUCAUACGAGCAGUUUCUCGUGGAGUGCAAGUCGAGCACUCCUAUCUUUUCUCUGUCCAGCUACUUUGGGCUUGGCGGUUGGAUUGCAGUGAAGGGGUCGGCGGAUAGCAAGAACCUCACCAUCAUUCGAGGAACGCCUGAGAAUAAACCAUCAGCUGCAUAUUUCAAAAUUAUACGCUUGGACGAUGGCACGAAGAAGUCAAGGUGGAAUUGA